UGGAUGAUUUACAGUUCAGAUUAAUCCUCAUAAAACUUAAUCAAAGACAGUGUAGAUUAAAACCUCAAUGUCACCGUGAGAAUCAUGGACAUAAAUGUGGAGCGACUAAAGCUCACAAACUCAACAUGUAAAUGUUGAUGUUGAGGGUCCAAAGGAAUGAGAAGACCCCCAUUUCAGACAGGUCAUUGAAGGUGACAACACUAUUCUUACAGGUUGUUUAUUUAAUUCCAGUUCGCUCCUGUUUUAUGACUACUAAACAAGCAAAGGUGGGGAGAUGAUAACCGCCUUUAAGCAUCAAGAAACCCCCAGCAAAGCAAGGCUCGCGGAGGGGUAACAAUCUAUUACAUCGGGUUUGGGGCAUGAGGGGAAAAAUGAGAGAGCUGGAGGAGUAUAUAGAGGCCACUAUCAAUUGAAACAAUACAUUAAACGAGAACAGAAAGGGUAAUGCAUGCAGAAAGGUGCAAAAAUAAUGGUGAACCAUAGAUUAUGACCCAUUUUUUCCCCUCUUUUUAUUAAAUGCAGCUGAUCUAAGCGGAUGUCACUGAUAAGUCCUAGGCUUAAGUUUUCGUGGGGGUAAGGAGACUAUUUUAGAGCUUUAAAUUGGUCUUUUUAUAAAACAGUCUAAUUUCCAUUAGAAUAACAAAUGCGUAAAAUGAAGUCUAGUCUUAUCCUAAAAACUGAUCUAGAGUAUGUUUGUGAAACCAGCCCUUGUCCAGAGGAGACUGAAAGCUGAAGGCUCUACCUCCCAUUUUGCAGUCUCACAGUGAUGUGCUCUAUCGGGAUAAUAUGUUAUUAGCGGGUAACAUAACAUCUCAAGGCCAGUGAAGGAGUACAACAGAGAGUCUUUGUGGUCUGAUUUACAUACUUCUGACUCAGGGCUGCUUAGGUGCUGUGCAUCUCUGUCAUCCCUGAAGCAGCCAAUAAGAAAAGCCCAACAAACAUAUGAGGCCGUGUGAGAAUACCAAGCAAAACAGGUGGUUGUAUGAGCCGCCCACAUAAUUAUUAACUCCUUGUGUUGAUGCAAUAGUGACUUUGGUCACGCUAUUAUUGUGUUUUCUCCACUGUUAAAGGUGUCAGAUUGUAAGCAGCUGUGUAACUGCAGUGAUGACGGAAGAAAAGCCGCAGAAGCUCAAACUAAAGCGGGAGCUGGGGAUGCUGGGAGCCGUGUCCCUCAUCGUGGGGACAGCGGUCGGAUCUGGGAUCUUCAUGACCCCGCAGACGGUGAUCAGCUCCAUUGGGAGCCCCGGUGCCAGCCUGGUGAUAUGGGCGUCCUGCGGCUUGCUGGCAAUUCUGGCGUCGUUCUGCUACGCCGAGCUCGGCACAGUUAUCAGAGAAUCAGGGGGCGAGUACAUCUACAUUCUGAGGACUUCAGGUCCAGUGCUUGCCUUCAUGUUAAUCUUUAGCUCUGUGCUCUUUGUGAGACCUGCAGCCAUUGCUGGCAUGGGACUGAGUUUUGCCACCUAUGUUGCAACUCCUUUCUACGGAGACUGCCCCCCUCCGGUGCUGGUGGUGAAGUGCGUGGCUGCAGCGGCAAUUAUCACGCUCGCCAUCGUGAACUGCAUGAAUGUUCGCUUUGCAAUGUCAAUCCAAGUUUUCUUUACUGUAGUCAAAGUCUUGGCUCUGACAGGGAUUAUCAUAGGAGGUGUGGUGAUGCUUAUCAAAGGCCACACUGAGAAUUUUGAAAACUCCUUUGAGAACACAAAUGUUGGCGUCAAUUCAAUAGGAAUUGCUUUCUACCAGGGGCUGUGGUCAUACGACGGCUGGAACAAUCUGAACUCAGUGACUGAAGAGUUAAAACGUCCCGAGGUGAAUCUUCCUCGGGCGGUGCUGAUAGCCAUUUCUCUUGUGACUACUUUGUACCUGCUGGUGAAUGUGAGCUAUCUGACAGUAAUGACGCCUAAAGAGCUCAUGUCCUCAAGCGCGGUAGCAGUUACCUGGGGGAAUAAGGUGCUGGGCAGCUGGGGCUGGGUCAUGUCUGUGGCCGCAGCCUUGUCAGCUUUCGGUUCUCUAAACGGGACGUUCUUCAGCGGCGGCCGUGUGUGCUUUGUUGCUGCCCGGGAAGGACACAUGCCAGAUAUUCUGUCCAUGGCCCACGUCCACAGACUGACUCCAUCUCCGGCGCUGAUCUUCACCACAAUAAUCUCUCUGGUGGUGCUGAUUCCUGGAGACUUUCAGAGUAUCGUCAACUACUUCAGUUUCACCGCCUGGUUUUUCUAUGCCAUUGUCCUGUCUGGGCUCAUCUAUCUCAAAAUCAAGAAGCCGGACCUCCCAAGGCCAUACAAGGUUCCCAUUGUAAUUCCUAUACUGGUCCUCGCUGCAGCGAUAUUCCUCGUGCUGGCACCCAUCAUAGACAAUCCUCAGAUUGAGUACCUCUACGUGGCUUUAUUUAUCUUAAGUGGUGUUAUAGUCUACAUACCCUUCAUCCAUUACAAACUCUGCCCAGGAAUGUUGGACAAGUUAACAGUGUUCCUGCAGCUCUUCUUAGAGGUCGCCCCUGCAGACAAAAACCUGUAAUUUUUACUGAACACACAUAGAUAGCAUCUUUGAUAACAUGCAGAUAACUGAAAGCUACCAAUAAAAUAAGCCUUUUUCCAUGGAUUAUCCUUACAUGUUAAAUUACAUCUGAUAAUGCAGUGUUGCUGUUUUAUGUAAAGGUGCAUUUAAAGUGUUUUACUUGCAUUUUUAAAAUUAUCUUAUUGUAAAUUCACAACUUUCAUUUAAGCUCAUUGUAAAAGAUUGUUUGAAAGAUGUUUAAGUUCAAAACUCAUUAAGAUUUACAGGGGAAAUCCAUGUUUGUUAUCUUUUUUUAAUACAAUAAACACUAAAACACGCUAUAAUUCAGCAUUGCAGGGGACUUUACAGCUCUGCCAUUUACUGCAUGUCAGUCCUACCUUGCUGUCACUUUAUAAUCAACAAAAAAAUAAAGUAUUUCAAACAUAUCAGCAAACUUAGUGCUCCUGACAUUUCCUGAUUUCUUGCAACAUUCAGAUUCUGUUUGUAUUCGUCUGUACUCGCUGUACGUGAAUAAGCAUCACAAAA